AUGUGUUCACUUCGCACAGAUCAACCUUCUAAUCCCAACCGGAUCUACCCCUAUUUCCCCCAAAUCGAUCACUUCGAUCGCAUCCCUGAUUCUCUUCUUCUCUUGGUUUUCAACAAGAUCGGUGAUGUUAAAGCCUUGGGUCGAUGCUGUGUUGUCUCGCGUCGCUUUCAUUCGUUAGUCCCUCAGGUUGAAAACGUUGUUGUCAGAGUUGAUUGUGUUAUUUCGGAUGAUGAUUCCAAUUCUUCCGCUACUUCAUCUGAUAAAUCUCGUGGUCCGUUCUGGAAUCUUCUGAGGUUGGUUUUUGGUGGGAUUGCCAAACCGAUUCAGACUAUUGGUCAGUUUCUCGGUCCCAAGAGAGCUUCCAAUUCCAAUUCCGGGAAUUUGAAUUCCUCUUCGCCGCUUGCUGUUGGUACUGAGGAUGAUGGAGAUGGUGGUGUUACGCACCACUCACCUACUCAGGUUUUGAAGAAUUUUAAUGAGAUUCGCUUGCUUCGGAUCGAGCUUCCCAGUGGGGAGUUAGGGAUAGAGGAUGGGGUUUUGUUGAAAUGGAGAGCUGAUUUUGGAUCCACUCUUGAUAAUUGUGUCAUUCUAGGGGCUUCUUCUGUUUUUUAUCCCAAAUCCCAAGACGGUGCUGUUGCUGAUGCGACUUGUGGUGCUGGUGGUGGUGGAAAUAACAACAAUGGCGGUAGUGGUGGUGAUGAUAAUGGAAGUAUACCCGAUUCGUUUUACACCAACGGUGGUUUGAAAUUGAGGGUAGUUUGGACGAUUAGUUCCUUGAUUGCUGCAUCUGCAAGGCAUUACUUGUUGCAACCGAUUAUUUCCGAGCAUAAGACUUUGGAUAAUUUGGUGUUGACUGAUGCAGAUGGACAAGGUGUGUUGUAUAUGAAUAGAGAUCAGCUUGAAGAGUUGAGGGUGAAGCCGCUUUCGGCUUCCUCUGCUUCAAAGAGGACUCUUGUACCUGCUUUGAAUAUGAGGCUUUGGUAUGCGCCGCAUUUGGAGUUACCUGAUGGGGUUGUUUUGAAAGGCGCUACUCUUGUUGCUAUUCGGCCUAGUGAGAUGUCAAGUACGACUGCUAAGAAGGAAGGAUCUGAUUUGUCUUGGGUUUCUACGGCUUUUGAAGAGCCUUAUAGGUCUGCUGCUACCAUGCUUAUUAAGAGGAGGACUUAUUGCCUUGAGAUGAAUUCCUUUUGA